AUGGAGGAUUUAGAAAACCUUACCCCAGAUAAUGUUUUAUCUACUGAAGAUAUUGGCAUAGGAUAUCGCCAAAAUGGCUUAGGAAAUAAACCCAUAGAGUACCCGAUUAAGAGGGCAGAUGAUGUUAAGAAUGAAGGUUUACAUGUUUCUACUUCUUUGCCCAAUAUUAUAUUUGAUUAUAACCAAGAAGCAGGAGUUGAAUCACAAGAAGUUGUUGAGAAUACAUAUUUUGGGACACCUUCGCCAAAUGUCUGUCUUCUAUAUGAUACAAGUAAUAUAGAAGACUUUAAUGUUGAUAGCCAUCCUAAACUUGCUGGAGAAGAAUUAGUUAUUAAUCACUUCCAUAGGGAUCCUAAUGAAGAUUACUUGGAAAAUAUUAAUGAAUCCUUCUCUGGGCCUGACACGUUGAGAAGAAGACAAGAGAUUAUGAAUAAAGUCCAUCCGUUUGCAGUCAAAGUUUGGAAGGCUGCUUUAUAUAGAAAGGAGAGAUCGAUUCAACAAAUGGCAUAUCAAGACAUUCAUGAAACUGAAUUCAAAACUAAUUCGAAAAGUGUUACCUUUUUAAAUUUCCUGUGGUCCAUAGUUUUUGGGUUACCGUUAUUUUUAUUAUUUAUUGGAGGUGCCUUGAUAAUGCAAUUGCUUUAUUGUUUCAGUCCACUUGUUGUAUUGUAUAGAGAUAAAUAUUAUAGUACAGCAUUAUAUCUGCUUUAUCCUUUUGGGAAAGUAGUUUAUUUAGAGCGUAAUGAAUCUGAAUCAAAACCUAUAAUAAUAAUUGAACAGCCCUCAUAUGGAACAAUAACAUCUAUUCAGGACCAACAAAAUAAUCCAUCGAAGUUAAAAGUAAACUAUGGAGGAGAUUUAACAAAUUCUACAACUCAAAAAUUCAAAAGAUAUAAAGAAUUGAGUAUAUUUUAUUACUUACAUCGUUGUAUAUUUGACUUGAUCAUACAACCUGCCCUAAUCAUCAUCGCAUCAAUUCUAUGGAUGUUAGUUUUAACAAUACCCACCAGCAAAAUACUAUGGGGUUUGAGACAAAGAUUUAAAUAUGAUUAUUUGCUGUUACAUUAUGACACUCUAGAUGAUUUUAAUAGGAUCCUAGAACAAUCAGAUGACAGGAGCCAGAUUGAAUCUCUUUUCUGUACAUUUAAGGCAAGUGCGUUAAAUUAUUAUAAAUAUACAGUUGAUGGAAUUAAUAUUAUAGUAACUAAUUUAUUAGUUGUUGUUCUAUUGACAUUUGUUGACUACUAUAUAUUGCAUCGGUUGUUGGGUUAUGAGUCAGGAAUUAGUGGAAGAACCUUUAUAUUUGUACUUUGUUUACUGUCAAUUGUGACUCUGUCAUUUUACAUUGGUCAAGCUAUUGCUUCAAUCUCGACUCAAACAUCAAUGACACUUGGUGCAGUAUUUAAUGCAUUCUUCUCAUCAGUUGUCGAAGUGUAUCUUUACUGUGUAGCACUAAACUACAAUGAAGGAUUAUUGGUAGAAGGUUCAAUAAUUGGAUCAAUUUUAGGAGCCGUAUUACUGCUUCCAGGUUUAUCAAUGUGCAGUGGAGCUAUACCCAGAAAAAUACAGAGAUACAACCCAUCAAGUGCAGGAAUAACAUCUGCUCUUUUGAUUUUUUCAAGUAUUGUAACCUGUAUGCCAACAUUAACAUACAUAUUAUAUGGCGAAUAUCAAAUAGUAUGCACCAGUAAGGCGGUAAGAGAUAAUGAAAAGUGUCACUUUGUUUUGUCACCUCCAAUUUUUGAUGACUUCUUCAUUCAUGUAAUACAACCAAUAUCCCAAUUAAGUUCAUUCAUACUGUUUCUUGCAUACAUUACAGGUUUAUGGUUUACACUGAAGACGCAUGCAGUUUUGAUACUGCAGAACCAAGUUGUGAGGCACUCAAAGAGUAAUUUAUCAGAUGUCCUCCUAGGUCCCAUUGCUGUUGAUUCACAAGAUGCAAGCAGGGCAUUAAGUAAAGAUACUAAUUCUUGUGCCAAUUGGUCGAUGAAGAAAUCCAUUGCAAUUUUAUUAGGAUCAACUGUGUGUUAUACUCUUAUAUCUGAAAUACUCAUUGAAUGUCUUCAAUCUAUAUUAGAAGAUUUUUCAUCAUUAAAUCCCAAACUUUUGGGGUUAAUCGUCAUAGCAUUGGUUCCGAAUACUACCGAAUUUAUCAAUGCUAUAUCUUUUGCGUUAAAGGGCAAUAUUGCAUUAUCGAUGGAGAUUGGUAGUGCUUAUGUUUUACAAGUAUGUUUAUUACAGAUUCCAGCUUUAAUUUUAUUUUCCACUAUCAAGAUUUGGGUUAACAAAGAUGAGAAUAUUGUAGUCACCCAACAGUUAUUUCCAAUGGUAUUCCCACUAUGGGAUAUUAUGACACUUUUGACAAGUGUCAUUAUGUUUACCUAUCUUUUUGCUGAGGGGAACUCGAAUUAUUUUAAAGGAGUAAUAUUAGUACUACUUUAUUUCUUGUUAAUUUCAGGAUUUUAUGUGCAAAAUGUUCUUGGUCAAUGA